AUGUCUCAUCGAUUCUGUCGACCAAUAUCCGUCUCCCACCACACCCUACCUCGGCUGAUGCAGACGGCUUUUGACUUGCGUCUGAAUCGCAUGAUAAACACUUUCUCCCAAUCCAUUCGCGCUGAUGGAAGUAAAGUGGCUUCGCUUGUGUCACCUCUCUCCACAUUGGAAAUCGGAGCUUCUCCAAUCAAACCUGGUAUGGUAGCUAUGGUCAUUUUUGACCCGAUUCUAAUGAUCCAUAGCUAUUUAUCGUUACGGUUAAAGCUUAUUGGGAAUGAGAUAUCCGAUAAACACACACAAACCAAAAGAGCGAUGAGAAGAGAAAAACAAAGGAGUAGGGUUGUAAACGAACCAAACGAACACGAACAAGCUGCGAAGUAUGUCCUCUUUCUUUUGAUGAGGCUAAAUUAUAGCAAAGGUUCUAUGCUUCUAUUCAAACCUUGA